AUGAUCAACCUUGUUGCUGAACUUGCGCAUUUUCUGUAUGCUCGGCCGCAGCCUAUACGGCUUGCUAGUCUAGUAGAGUGCAUCCUGACCUAUGGCGGUGAGCCAGAGCAUCACAAUGGCACUGUGGGACAUCUACUGUGGGACUUGCUGAUGUCUGCUAAUGUGCUUAUGAGUGCAUUCUAUCAUCACCAGUCUGUAUCAGAAUGGGUACAUGGGGUCAAUCAAGCGGCAUGUGCUGAAGAGUUGCAGACAUUGGUUAGGAAGGACAGUGGCUGGCAUUUCAGCGUGCUCUCUGCGCAUGCUGAACAGAUAACCAAAUUCAAGCUGGAAACAAUGGCAGCAAGAGCGCAGGCCCUGGACUCAACUUUGUGGCAUCUGUUGAUGGCUUUGAUGCAUGCAAAUCAGCGAUCAGCAAGCACAACACAGCAGAAACAGGAGAGGGAUGCCGAGGACGAGUAUUUGGCGCAAGUCGAGGGCCUGGAGGAUGAGAAUUUGAUAGGAGGCAAUGCAAGAGAGAACUUGGAGGUCACCAGAAAGUGA